AUGCGCGAGAAUGUGUACCAGCACUUCAAGUUCUCGCGUCGCGCUACCCGUCUCGUGGCCUUCUACGGUAUCAUCUUCCCCGCUACCAUCUACGGCCUUUCUGCCCUUUACGACAACAAGUUCGACUGGGCUGGCAAGACCCGCAACGAGAGCCUCCUCCGCACACCGCCCGCUGCCCCCGCCGCCGACGAGGAGUAA